AUGGACUAUAUAGACGAUCUGGCCGAGGCUUGGAACGAGGGCGGCCGUGACCCGGACGUACCCGGUAUCGCCGGGCUUCUCGACGGGCUCGAGACGGCCGUUCUCGAGUUAUAUAUCUCCGUUCUCGACUACUUUACUAAGGACUCCGAGUACGAUAGCGUUCUCGAGGACGUCCAGGCCAACGGGGACGAGACGCAGCAGGGGGGCGGACGGACGGUUCAGGACGGAGCAGGCGGGGACGACGACGACGACGACGACAACGACGGGUGGAGGCUAGGCCCCGGAGAACAUUGGACGUCACCGCGCUUGUCACGCAGCAUCGGGCGGCUCAGCGCGUUGGCUUUUGGGCAGAAGCUGAACAUCAGCAGCUGGCGGCAUAUCUCGACGGCCAUCGGGCGGCGGUACUUCCGCAACGCGUCGACGGCGCACACCAAGCUGCUCUGCGAAGUCGACUCCGACCACAGCGGUAGCGAGAGCGACGACGACGACGAGGACAGCCGCGGGUUCGAGACGAACGAACGUCGGGUCCGCUUCCGCCAGAUCAGCGAAGAAUGGCACCGACUGUUGGGUUUCCCGUCCGCACUGGGGGGCUUCGGCUUGGCUCUUACGCCCGGCCGUAAGCGAAAGACGGCGUCGAUGUAUGACGAAGCGCUCCGGGCGCUGCAGCUGGCGAGGUGGAAGCUGCGGCGGCGGAUCGAUAUCGACGGUGAGCUCGUCCGCUUGUACGGGGCGGACGCCCGGUUCCGAGGCGCCCAGUAG